CGAGCACCCACAGACUGGGCCUUGCCGGGCGUCUCCGACUCUGCCCCCGGCCCCUCGGGGCACCUCGGGGCCAGCUCUCCAGGGCAGGGCGGCCCUGCGCUCCUCCACGCCAGCAGCCGCCGACACCGCCACAAUGCUGCCCUGGCGACGGAGCAAGUUCGUGUUGGUGGAGGAUGAGGCCAAGCGCAAGGGGAAGAGCCUGAGUCCCCGGCUUGCCUACACGUCGCUGAUCUCCACCUUCCUGCGCUCUUGCCCGGACCUGCUGCCCGACUGGCCCCUGGAGCGGCUGGGCCGGGUCUUCCGCAGCAGGCGCCAAAAAGUGGAGCUCAACAAGGAGGACCCCACCUACACCGUGUGGUACCUGGGCAAUGCCGUCACCCUGCACGCCAAGGGCGACGGCUGCACAGAUGACGCCGUGGGCAAGAUCUGGGCGCGUAGCGGACCGGCGGGGGGCACCAAGAUGAAGCUGACGCUGGGGCCCCACGGCAUCCGCAUGCAGCCCUGCGAGCGCACCGGGGGCUCGGGGGCGCGGCGGCCGGCGCACGCCUACCUGCUGCCGCGCAUCACCUACUGCGCGGCGGACCGCCGCCACCCGCGCGUUUUCGCCUGGGUGUACCGCCACCAGGCGCGCCACAAGGCCGUGGUUCUGCGCUGCCACGCAGUGCUGCUGGCGCGGGCGCACAAGGCGCGGACCCUGGCGCGCCUGCUGCGCCAGACAGCGCUGGCCGCUUUCACCGACUUCAAACGGCUGCAAAGGCAGAGCGACGCGCGCCACGUGCGCCAGCAGCACCUCCGGGCGACCGCGGGUGCCGCCGCCGCCUCGGUGCCCCGAGCGCCCCUGCGCCGCCUUCUCAACGCCAAGUGCGCCUACCGGCCGCCGGCCGCGGAACGGGGCCGCGGUGCGCCUCGCCUCAGCAGCAUCCAGGAGGAGGAGGAGGGUGAGGAGUCAGAGCAGGAGGAGCAGGAGGAGCAGGAGGAGAGGGCCGCUGGGAAGGAGCAGGAAAAGCCUGAGCAGGAGCGAAACGGAGAACGCCGUGAGGCCCAGGGCCCGCAGCGCGAGCGCCCCGAGGUGCUGAGCUUGGCCCGGGAGCUGAGGACGUGCAGCCUGAGGGGCUCCGCAGCCGCCACUCCCCGGGCCCCACCCCCGACCCCUCCCCACAAGGGCUGCCUGCCAGCCCUAAAACGCCCGGCCUUGGUUUCUGCUUCUCGGCAGCCCCUUCCCAGCCCCCUGCCCCCCCAUCAGGCCCUGUGUGUUGUGGGGGGGUGGUAGUUGGUGCAUGGUGGCUAGCAUAGAGGCCCUUCUCAGAUGGCCCUUGCACUCCGACACUUCCCCAACUCAGGAUCUCCUUCCUUCCCUUUCUCUAGCCCUCUCCGAACAAGCCUCUCCCCUUGCCAAGAGGAACCCACCCCACCCCCCCUAACCCUCCACUCCUGCCUUCCUCAUACCUAGCCGGCAUGAGAAGGGAUGGAGAGUUUCCAGAGACCUGGGCCGGCUUAUCCCUGGACCCGGGCAAUGGAGAUGUGGCUGUGAAAGGGAGGGUUAGAACUCUGUUCUAGAAACCCCCUUCUCCUUCCCCUAGGAGACCUGGGGGUGCUUAACAUGAAGAUAGUAGUGUGGACCAGAGGACUUUUAAGGGGACCACUGGGCCCCCUACUUCUCUGCUCAAGACUUGCCUCCAAGAUGACUCAGCAACCCCACAGACUGAGAAGGGCGAAUGGCCCCUGAGACCCUUCCCACCCCUUCAACUCUUCAGGGGUGGGGGACUACUCCUCUAGCUUUACUUUUCACCCUUCUUAGCCCUGCUACUGGAGGAGAGCUUAGGACAGCCUGGCACUUGGACAGAAAACCAAGUCUAUUGUAGGGACACCUUCUGGGCCCAGCAGCCUCUUGUCAUCCCUACAGGACUGCUGAUGCCCACCAAGGCCCUCUUCUCUGCAGAUUCAGGUGUAGGUGGAUCUAUUUAGGAGUCCCCCUCCCCAAUUUCCCUGGACCAGGAUGGGGCACUGCAGGAGGUAAGGUAACCACAGGGCAGGUGCUCCAGGCACUGAGUCCCUAAAAUGAAGACUGUCCCAAAGGGAGGGUCGUAGAGCAGCUUUCUCUCCACUGAGGACAAAACGAAUGGGUAUGUUAACCCAACAAGGGGAAGGUAACUGCUCACGGGCCUCUCUACUUGCUAAGGUCACAGAAAGCCCAAAGAUCAAGAUGUCACCAACUGAUCACUGGUAAAUAAAGUGGAUUUGCCUUUUCA